GGGUGUCUCUUCGAGUCUUCUCGUAUUGUCUUCAUUUGCCUUUUUGCUACCUCCUUGGCUUCCGUUCUUCUGUUCUGCUACUCCUCUUUCCUUGCAUUCACUGAAACCCUCAAUCUCUUGUUCCACAUCGUGCUGCAACAAUAAGGAUGGUGGAACCUGCAUAUACCGUGGUCUCUGACAGUGAAACCGUUGGAGAGGAAAAGUCAUCUACUUUUCCUGAAAUAGCAAUUGGAAUUGAUAUUGGCACAUCCCAAUGCAGUGUUGCUGUGUGGAAUGGUUCCCAAGUGGAGCUCUUGAAGAACACAAGAAAUCAGAAGAUUAUGAGGUCAUAUGUAACCUUCAAAGAUGACAUUCCUUCCGGUGGAGUUAGCAAUCAACUCUCCUACGAGGACGAGAUGCUGUCUGGAGCCACAAUCUUCAACAUGAAACGCUUGAUUGGCAGAGUUGACACUGACCCAGUCGUCCAUGCAAGUAAAAAUCUUCCAUUUCUGGUGCAGACCUUGGACAUUGGCGUUCGCCCAUUUGUUGCUGCAUUAGUGAAUAAUAUGUGGAGAUCCACCACUCCAGAAGAAGUCCUAGCAAUAUUUCUGGUGGAAUUAAGAGCAAUGGCUGAAACUCAGCUUAAAAGACCGAUAAGAAAUGUAGUUCUUACAGUUCCAGCUUCAUUCAGUCGAUUUCAGCUAACCCGGAUAGAGCGUGCUUGUGCUAUGGCUGGGCUUCAUGUUCUCAGGUUGAUGCCUGAACCAACAGCUGUGGCUUUGUUAUAUGGACAGCAGCAACAACAAGCUUCUCACGAUAAUAUGGGCAGCGGAAGUGAGAAAAUUGCUCUAAUUUUCAAUAUGGGCGCUGGUUAUUGUGAUGUUGCUGUGACUGCUACUGCUGGAGGAGUAUCGCAGAUAAAAGCCUUGGCAGGAAGUACCAUUGGUGGAGAAGACUUGCUUCAGAAUAUGAUGCGUCAUCUCUUACCAGAUUGUGAAAAUCUAUUCAGGAACCAUGGAGUGAAAGAAAUUAAAUCAAUGGGCCUGCUUCGAGUUGCAACCCAGGAUGCAAUUCACGGGCUUUCCUCUGAGACCAGUGUUCAGGUUGAUGUUGACUUGGGAGAUGAUUUGAAGAUAUGUAAGGUUGUUGACCGGGAGGAGUUUGAGGAGGUAAACAAAAAGGUGUUUGAGAAGUGUGAAAGCCUUAUCAUCCAGUGUUUGCAAGAUGCAAAGAUAGAAGUUGAGGAUGUAAAUGAUGUGAUAGUUGUAGGUGGAUGUUCUUAUAUCCCAAGGGUGAAGAAUCUUGUUACUAACAUACUUAAAGGCAAGGAACUUUAUAAAGGUAUGAAUCCUUUGGAAGCUGCCGUUUGCGGUGCAGCAGUGGAAGGAGCUGUCGCCUCAGGAAUCAAUGAUCCCUUUGGGAACUUGGACUUAUUAACUAUUCAAGCUACACCUCUUGCCAUUGGGAUUCGAGCUGAUGGGAACAACUUUGUUCCUGUCAUUCCGAGGAAUACCACAAUGCCAGCGCGGAAGGAGCUAAUUUUCACAACUAUUCAUGAUAAUCAAACUGAAGCAUUAAUCCUUGUCUAUGAACGAGAGGGAAAAAAAGCAGAAGAAAACCACUUGUUGGGAUAUUUCAAGAUAAUAGGAAUACCUGCAGCACCCAAAGGAGUUCCAGAAAUCAAUGUAUGCAUGGACAUAGACGCUGCAAACGUGCUGAGAGUUUUAGCUGGUGUUGUGAUGCCUGGAGCUCGCCAACCUGCAAUUCCUGUUAUGGAAGUAAGGAUGCCAACGGUGGAUGAUGGACAUGGUUGGUGCACUGAGGCCCUAAAUAAAACCUAUGGUGCUACGCUGGAUUUGGUUACUCUGCAGAAGAAGGCAUAAAGUAAUAUAGAACAUCAUUGUAUGUACCUUUUUUUCAUGCGUUUUCUUGUGUUUCAUCUAUAAAAGUUGGUCUACAUGUCUCGUGGAUGUAAUUUGUAUCUGAAAUAAUGGAAACAAUGCAUACAAGAAGACUGUAGUUCUAAAAUGAUUUCAAUGGAAUUAAUGAAACAUGCUGAGGAUAAGGAUCAAUCAGUUUGCAUACCAUCAACCUCGAUAAUAUAAGAGAAUCAGUUCAUAGAGAUUUCG